CGGGUCCCCGCCCCCCUCGGCGCGCGCAGCUCCCCGCGGCCGCCGCCGCCGCCUGUAACCUGCGCCGCCAGGAUGUGGCUGGGGGCUGACGUCGGGUCCAGAUGUGGCCCCGGCCCCGCCCACCCCUGGGGCCGGGCCGCCCACACCGAGCCGCGGCGCGCACGGCGGCGGUCCCGCCUGCCACAAUGCGCGGCGAGGCUGCGGCCGUCCGGAUCGUCGCCGUGGGGCAUCCUUAGCACCGGCCGCCCGUGACGCGGCGUGCGGCGGACACCCACGCGCCCGCGCCCCCCAUGCGCGCAGCCCCCCGCGGCCGGCCCGGCGGGCGCCUCGCCGACGCGGAGCCGCGCGGGUGACGGCAAAGGCGGCUGCGCGCCCGGCCCAGCCCGCGGAGAGGACGCGCCGCGCCCCCGCCCCCCGUCCGCUCCCGGGAGGAGGCCGCGCGCGGGUGCGGAUGCGCCGCUGACGACUCGCCUGGCCGAGCAGUGUCGCCGGCUCCGCCGGCCCGCGCCCCCCGCAGCAUGGCAGCCGCUGCCUACAUCGACCACUUCGCGGCCGAGUGCCUCGUGUCCAUGUCCACCCACGCGGUCGUGCACGGGCCGCGGGAGGGGCCGGAGCCCAGACCCGAGGGCGCGGCCGCCGCCGCCGCGGUCGCCGCCCCGCUGCCCCGCGCCGACGAGCGCCGCGACGGCAAGGACAGCGGGUCGCUGUUCGUGGUGGCGCGGAUCCUGGCGGAGCUCAACCAGCAAGCGCCGGCGGCCGGCCCAGCGGAGCGCAGGGAAGGCGCCGCGGCCCGCAAGGCGAGGACCCCCUGCCGCCUGCCGCCCGCGCCGCCCCCCGCGCCGGAGCCCGCAGAACCCGGAGUGCCCCGGAGCCCCGCACACGGCGAACCGGAGCCCGAGCUGGAGCCUGGGCCCGCGGGGGGCAGCGGCGAGCCCGGCCUCAGACAAAGGGGCCGGCGGGGCCGCAGUCGCGCCGACCUCGAGUCCCCGCCGAGGAAGCACAAGUGCCACUACGCGGGCUGCGAGAAAGUUUACGGGAAAUCCUCGCACCUCAAGGCGCACCUGAGAACUCACACAGGUGAGCGACCAUUCGCCUGCAGCUGGCAGGACUGCCACAAGAAGUUCGCCCGCUCAGACGAGCUGGCGCGCCACUACCGCACGCACACGGGUGAGAAGAAGUUCAGCUGCCCAAUCUGCGACAAGCGGUUCAUGCGCAGCGACCACCUGACCAAGCACGCCCGCCGCCACGCCAACUUCCACCCCAGCAUGCUGCAGCGGCGCGCGGGGGGCUCCCGCACGGGCUCGCUCAGUGACUACAGCCGCUCGGACGCCAGCAGCCCCACCAUCAGCCCGGCCAGCUCGCCCUGAGCCCCGGGCGCCCCACGACAGCCAUGACCAGCCGCUCUCACCUCCCCCACCUGUCACCCAUGUCUCCUUUUGUGAUACGGAAGGCCGAGAAGCGCCGCCGCCGACGUCCGCCUGCGGGCGGCCACGUGGAAACCCGAUUUUCUUCACCUCAGGUGUCUGUCAAUUUGUAAAAAAGAAAAUGGAUUUAAAAAAAAUAAAAUAAAAUAAACAGACCCAACCCCAGACAGAAAGAAAAGACGCCCUCAACUCCAUUGCACAAGGGAUGAGCCCGAAGGUGAGAUUCUGAGGCGCUGAACCCCCUUUCUCAGGGAUGGACCUGCCUGCGCCUCGAGCUCUGCGGGGACCCCCUUCCUGCCGCCUUACUCUGUACAUAGAUUUGCACUUGGAGUGUGGGGCCGGGCGUUGACCGGGCGCAGCAGGGGGACGUGGCCGCACAUUGGCACCCCGGGGAGCCCGGCCCCCCGCCUGUGGGUCAGCCCAGCAGCCGUGUCAUCGGCCACCAACGUCAUCUGUGCUUCCAGGGCUAACGCCAAAGCUGAGUCCUGCGUCCUCCUGUCAGGUGGGCCCAGGGUCCCCGCUGCCCGUGCCCCCCAGGGAUGCCUUAAGCCAGGCAGGGCCAAGGGGCCUCACUGCCUCCAGGAGCCUCUUCCUGGGCACCGUCGUCGUGGCCGUGGGGGCAGAAACCAGCCCCUGCUGUGUCCAGAAGGACUGCCUCACCUGCUGGCCGUCGGGGCAGCCCCCCCCCCGACGGGGACAGAGCCCCAUGCUUCCUGCCGAGGACAAGGUGUGGCCACGCGUGCCCCCUCCUGGAGACGGGACUUGGAAUUCUCGGGGGCUGGUGGGGAAUGGGGGGCGGCGACGUCCUGUUCCAGGUGACCCAGCCUGGACGUCUCGGCGGCUCGCUCCCCUGCACACUGGACAGGAAGCAGUGGGGACUGCCCUCACCACCCGGUCCUGGCUCCGAGCUUGCAAACCCAGGCUUUGCAGUUCCCGGACUCCCCCCUUUCCCUCUUGCCUGGGGAUUCCCCUGCUCCCCCCGCCCAGGGCCUGCAGAGCAUGAGGGCGUCAGGGUGAGGGGCUGCGACGUGAGGCCAGUUUGCUCGCGUCUCCCCUGCAGUUUCCCGGGAGUGCAUGCCCCCAGGAGUGUGCUCUGUGUGUGCGUGUGUGCGUGUGCGCGUGUGCGUGUGUGUUUCUGUGGGAGCAGGGGCCAGACUGGGGGGGGGGGUCUUGCAGCAGCCUCUGCUCGUUGUUGGACGAGAUUAACCACCUUCGGGACCUCAGAUGGCCGUGGACGGGUUUCUGGGCCCAGAGUGCCUUGGUUGUGGGCUUCCUGCCUCCCAGUUCCCCUCUCCCCGGCUGGGGUGCGGUUGCUGGGGGACCCCCGUCAGUAGUGGGGCCAGGGUGGGGGUGGGCUCUGCCAAGGGCCGCCACUGGGGGCAGCCUGAUGGAUGCCCUAUGGAUGGUGGGUGGUGGCUGGAACUGUGGGGGAGGGGCCCCCAACCCUAGCUGGGCACUGGCUGGUGAGUGCCCUGUUCCUGUAGAACACACUGUGGGGUCCUUGGCAGGCAGUGUCCUGGCGCCUGGCGGGCACGAUCUCUUGGGGGGUCAUCCAGUCCCAAAGUGAGCCCCGUGCAGGCCCUUGGAGGACCCCCCCCAUAAAUUGUUUCGGCGUGCGGGCAGCGAGCCCCACUCUGGACGCAGUUCAUGUCUCAGGAACUCACAUUCCAGGUUCGGGAAUUUUAUUCCAAAGUCUUUUGGUGCAUUCGGCGCCCUCGGGCCCCCGAAGGCAGGGCGAGGGAGCUGUGAUGUGGGUCCUGCGUGCGGAGGGGCGCUGCCCGGGGCCGUCCCUGGGGGCGCCAUGCUGUUCCUUGCCACCCGGGAAGGAGGCUGGCAGGUCUGUCCUCCCCUUAGGAAGAGCCAAGGGCCCACCCUGGAAUAAAAGACUAGCUGGUUUGUUGUAGAGGUGGGGGGCGGGUGGGGGGGCGGGUGGGUGGAGGAGUGGGGAUUUGCUGUUUUCCAAAGAGAGCACUUAAUUUAAUUUUUCCUCGGAAUGACCCAGGGAUGGAAGGGUUAAGUUGCCUUAAGCUGAAGGAUGCAGGCAUCGGCUAGUUUCUUUUGGCAAAUGAGUGUCUUCGUUCCCAAAGUGGUUUCUCUUUGACCGCCAGGGUCCCGGCCCUGCUCUCACUGCCGGAGGGCCCCCCGGGGUGGCUCCCAGGUCCGGGCUAACACGCGUGGGGGCAGUCCCCGCAUCUCAGGCUGAGGUUGACAUGGGCAAGCAUCUCGUUGGGGCCUGUGGGGUGCACGUGGAGGAGAGACCGCUGUGCUGGAAUUUUCCUCUUUAGAGGUAGGAAGUCUCCCGCUGGGUCAGCUUCAGGUCAGUCUCGGUUCCAUUUCACCUCUCUGGCUCCCUGGCAGCGGUUUGCUGGCUCCCCCCCCCCCCCCCCCGUUGAGAGAGGCACUGGACUCUACAGUGGAAGUGGACAGGCAGAUCUCCCUCUGGGCAGAGCUCAGAACAAAGGUGCCCCUGCCCCCCAAAUUGAAAGCGCCUCUAGGUGACCCUGGACUCAGCCAGGAGGGGUGCUGUCCUGCCACUUACAUCUCAAAGGGGAGAAAAAGCCCUCUGUGUCAGCCCUGUCAGGGCCGGGGUGUGGACCCCCAUGCCGGCUGGUGCCCCCAGGGGUGGGGGAGGGGGAAGUGCAGCCUAUAGCCCAGCACCUGGGGUUUCGGGAUCCCCGACUCCACCCCCCACUGGCUGAUGGUGCCACCUCUAGGUGCAAACAUGACGAGCAAGGGACCCCCGUCCCGCCACAGGGGCUCACUCAGUUGGAGGCUGCCCGGGGGGUCCCAGGCAAGGGGUAGUGCCCAGGGAGAACAUCUCGGUAGUGCAGACCAGCUGCCCAAACAGGGCACUGCGCCGUGGGCACUAGCCACCGUGGCGCUCCAGCUGGCCCUGCUCUAGGACCUGGCGCCCAGUGAUCGCAGGUAGCUUGGCAGCUGCCAUGGAAUUUCUCCCCCCGUUUCCUAAACCCACCCAGCCGGGGGCCUGGGAGGAGGCUUCACGUGCGAGAGACCCUGGCAAGCCCCCACCAACACCACCCCCACCCCUCGCUCACAGCCAGUGGACAUGUGUGCCAGCCCACCCCCAUCCCCCAAGAUCCCACCUCUGAUACUGGGGUUAAGCUCCCCCAAGUGAAAACUGAGGGAGGGUGGGCUGACCCCUUGAAGGAGUCGUUGCUUUUCCCGGAUGCCCGGCUCCGUCUCAGGGGUCCGUCCUAGACAAUUCCCGAGGGCUGUGGGUGAGGACCCCCCCCCCCCUUGGCUUACUACUGACACCCACUGCGGGGAGCCUGGGGUCCACACUGGCCUUCUCCGGACCCUCCUUCUCCAUAUCAGGUUUGCAGUGCAGCCCCCCAUCCCCCCUGCCCUCCCUUCGUUCCCCAACCCCCCCAGCCCCUCCCCCCACUCCACAUCUCCCUUCUCAAACAGCUUUAGAACUGAGAGAAGUGCCCGGGGCAGCCCUGCACAGCAGACAUUCCCUGGAGGGCCGGGGGACUCCUGGUGACUGGCCCCUGCACACACUCGGAGACAUGCGCCUUCAGGGAGCCAUGGGUCUGGGUGAGGGUGGUCACCCCACCGAGCACAGGGGGAUUCUACGGGAAGCCAGGGGGCUGCCUCCCAGCAUGGCCCAGACACCUGGGGGGGCAGGGUGCCUGUCUAGGCGUGUGGGGGGAGACAGGAAGCCCCCUGGCCACGCCCUGGUGGGUCCCUGUGUGCCAAGUGCCAGGGACCCUGAGGGCGUCUGCCAGCAGGAGGUGCUCCUGAGCAGCUAUGCAUUGGCCAGCUGGGCCCACUAACUGCGUGUGUGGUUGUAUGCAUUAGGGUCCUCCCCCAGACCCCCACAAGUGACCCCUUCUUCCCAGUCCAAAGCCAUUGAUGGAACUUCUCUGGAAUCAUUUGCCAAAACCCCGAGGCAGAAAACAAGGGUCCAAGAUCAUUUUCAUCAAGCUCGUUUCCUUUCUCGUAGGAAGUUUUUCGUUGAAUUUUUUUUUUUUUAAACCAGCACCGUGCCCUGCUCAGAAAGGCCACAUUUCAGCUUGGAUCACUACAGUGAAGUAUUACCAUGUACAGCCCCCCCCCAACCCCCCCUUCUGGCCUUGGCUUGCUCGGAUCAGACUUUGUAUGUAUUUUGUACGGCGUAGAUUCUAUAUUGUAAUGACGUCCUAUGCAAAAAGAAAAAAAAAAACUUAACGAAAUUGUAAAUUUUAUUGUUUUAACGUGUAUGCAUGUUUAGUGACGUUUACAUUUUGAAAUAAAAUUUAUGAUUCAUUA